UUGUCGAUUAUCUAUUUGAUAUAGCCGCGUUAAAAUUUUCCUACAUCAUGGCAUUUUUAACUAAAACUUCACGCUUCAUUUUCAUGCAAUUAUAACGAUUACAUACUCUGUUUUGUUUUGGGGUAAGCUUCAAUUUCGGACUCUUUGAAAUGGUCGUUGCAUCUUAGAUUGCGACAUCUUAAUAUUUUUCGUUUCCCUCAAAGUCAAGUCUCUAUUCAAUCUGGCACACUUAGUAUUGUUUAAUUUAUUUAAUCCAGUGUAGAUUUGGUCUCCCUUUCACAUUUGAUUUUUCAUGAAAUUGGGAGGACUAUAUACUCUGUUUCAUUUAAUCUAAGCUUCAAUUUCAGUAUAUAAGGUUUCUAGUUGAGAAAUUUAAUUAGAUUAGCAAGAUGGGUAGCAUUUUAAGAAGUAUAUUACCGAUUCGAUCUUCAAAACAGGAUGAAGAUGACGAUGAAUUCAAUCCGGAAUACUCGUUUGCCAUGGAGUAUACUGGUCCUCCAGUUUCUUACGAUAUUCCUAGAGCAGUUCCCGUUGAUGUUGCAUAUAUUCCAACCGCUUCAGUUGUCUCCACACCUUUUACUUCUGGUAAUCUGUCAUUACCAGUAAUUCAUCCUGUUAUUAAGAGAGAGCCAAAAUCAAUCUCCUCUGAAAUCGAAGAUACUUCUUUAGUAUCUGGUUUGAUUGUUCCUGAUACACCACCAGAGGGAGAGGGAAGUUCUGCUUCAUUAGGGUUUUCUGAUAGUCAAGAGAAUUCUCAAGAAUUCUCCAUGAGCUCAGAAGGCGAUGGUUUGGAUAACUAUUGCCAUGAGAUUGUAGAGUUGUGUAAUUCCAGUCAACAAGAUGAAAACCAAAACGAAAGCCAUGAGGAGAUUUCAAGUUACGAUAACAGAACUCAGGUUGUCACUUUCGGUGAACCCGAGUCCAUUUCCAUGGUUGAAUCAGAAACUGAUUACAGUCAAUCUCAGACAGGAGUGGUGGUUCAAGAAAGGCGGCAUGCAAGUUCUCAGGUCAAAAAGGGGUUAUGCCACCGAUGUCUUAAGGGCAACAGGUUCACCAGUAAAGAGUUUUGCAUUGUUUGUGAUGCGAAAUAUUGUAGUAAAUGUGUGUUGAGAGUAAUGGGGUCAAUGCCAGAAGGUAGAAAGUGUAUUUCUUGUAUUGGGUACCCGAUUGACGAGUCUAAUCGAGGGCAUAUAGGGAAAUGUUCAAAGGUCCUUAAGCAAUUGCUCACAGAUUUCCAAAUUAAACAAGUAAUGGAUUUUGAAGAAGCCUGUCAGAUAAACCAACUCCCGUAUUGGCUUGUUAUCGUUAAUGGAAAACCUCUUUCUUUAGAAGAAGUUGUUCAAUUACGAUCAUGCCUCUACCCACCACAAAGACUUAGACCAGGAAGCUAUUGGUAUGAUAAACUGUCUGGCUAUUGGGGAAAGGAAGGGCAUAAGCCUAGCCAGAUUAUUACUCCUCAACUGUCACUUGGUGGUUUAAUCAUGGAAAAUGCUAGCAAUGGAAACACAAAAGUAAAGAUAAACAAUCGGGUGAUCACUAAAACGGAGCUCAAAAUGUUGAAGUUUGUAGGGAUCAAUUACAAAGAUUGCACUGAUUUUUGGUUAGGUCCUGAUGGAUCAGUUCUAGAAGAGGGACAGAAACAAGUAAAAGGGAAUAUGUGGGAAAAGCCAGGAAUCAAGAUGGUGUGUGGUAUCUUGUCUUUGCCAAUGCCACCCAAAUCUUUUAUGUCAUCCGAGGACGAAACGGUCAACAAUGGGAGUAAAAUUAUGCAGAAAAACAUUGAUAUAAAACCACUAACUAAAAUACUUCUAGUUGGUCAAGAUCAAUCUGGGACAAGUGCUAUAUAUAAACAGGCCAAGACACUUUACAAAAUCCCAUUUUUGGAAAAUGAGCGUGAAGAACUCAAGUCUUUGAUACAAAGAAACUUGUAUCUUUAUAUAAGUAUUUUGCUCGAGGGGCUUAUAAAAUUUGAAGAAGAAUAUUCAAUACAAAUCAGGAACAAACUAGUUGAUCAACCUUCUACUUCAGCUGCAGGGGGUUCGAUUGAAAACAUAUAUUCCUUAAGUACAAAACUGAAAAAUUUCUCGGAUUGGCUUCUUGAAAUUGUGAAGUCAGGCAAUCUAGGAACUGUUUUUCCUGCUGCAACUCGUGAGUAUUCAGGGGUAGUUGAGGAAUUAUGGAAAGAUAAAGCAUUUCAAGCAGCUUAUGCUAGAAGAAGUGAAGUUGGUGCAUUCCCAAUAGUUGCUGAUUAUUUCUUACCUCGGGCUGUUGAAAUAUCGAGUGCAAAUUAUGAGCCUUCUGAUGUGGACAUUUUAUAUGCUGAUGGCAUUUCAUCUUCAAAUGGACUUACUUCAAUGGAGUUUUCAGUUCCCUCUUCAUUUACAAAUACCUACAUGGAGGUUACUGAGCACAACCACCCUCCACUGCAAAGGUACGAAUUGAUCCGAGUGAACUCAAGCAACCUAGGAGAUAAUUGUAAAUGGCUAAGCAUGUUUGAAGACGUUGACUUAAUCCUCUAUUGUGUUGACCUUACUUCCUAUGAUGAAUUUUACAUAGACAACAAUUUAAUCUUGAAGAACAAGAUGUUAGAAAGCAAAAGCCUCUUCAAAACCAUGGUCACACAUCCAAGAUUCAAAGACAAAGCAUUCCUUUUAAUUCUCAACAAAUUCGAUCUUUUAGAAAACAAGAUUAAAACAAGACCACUCACGGAAUGUGAAUGGUUUCAUGAUUUCAAUCCGUUUAUAAGCAACCAUACAAACAAUAACAAUAACAGUAACAAUAAUAAUGAUUCGUGUGUAGCACAGUAUGGAUUUCAGUAUGUGGCGGCUAAGUUUAAGAGGUUGUUUGGUGAGUUGACCGGGCGGAAAUUGUAUGUGACAUCGGUGACCGGUUUGGAAGCGGAUAGUGUUGAUGUGGCGCUUAGGUAUGGGGGUGAGGUUUUGAGAUGGGUGGAUGAAGAGAAUAAACCAAAGUCUAGUAAUAAUGAGUGGUCUUCUGAAAGUGUAGAGACUAGUUCAUAAGGAGGUGAGGUUGGUAUCACAUUUUUUGUUAUGUAGAUAAUGUGAUUUACCUAUCAUUGUAUUUAUUGUUUUGUUUUUGAAGUAAUGGGAAAUUGUAAAAAAUGAUUAAUGAUAAUUUGAUAAGUAAUUGGUAAAGAAGACAAUUUUAAGUUGA